GUGACGGCGACGCCUGCGGCCGCGGGACUCUCCACUCGCCGCCGCCGGAGAGGCCGGUGACCUCUUGGCUGCCCCGCCUCGGAGGUUCAGAUGGCUCAGGCGAAGAUCAACGCGAAAGCCAACGAGGGGCGCUUCUGCCGCUCCUCCUCCAUGGCCGACCGCUCCAGCCGCCUGCUGGAGAGCCUGGACCAGCUGGAGCUCAGGGUGGAGGCUUUGAGAGAAGCGGCAACUGCUGUGGAGCAAGAGAAAGAAAUCCUCCUGGAGAUGAUCCACAGCAUCCAGAAUAGCCAGGACAUGAGGCAGAUCAGCGAUGGAGAAAGAGAAGAAUUAAAUCUGACAGCAAACCGUUUGAUGGGAAGAACGCUCACCGUUGAAGUUUCAGUAGAAACUAUUAGAAAUCCCCAGCAGCAAGAAUCCUUAAAGCAUGCCACCAGGAUUAUUGAUGAGGUGGUCAGUAAGUUUCUGGAUGAUUUGGGAAACGCCAAGAGUCACUUGAUGUCACUGUACAGUGCUUGUUCAUCUGAGGUGCCAUCUGGGCCUGUUGACCAGAAGUUUCAGUCCAUAGUGAUUGGCUGUGCUCUUGAAGAUCAGAAGAAAAUUAAGAGAAGAUUAGAGACUCUGCUUAGAAAUAUUGAAAACUCUGACAAGGCCAUCAAGCUGUUAGAGCAUUCUAAAGGAGCUGGUUCCAAAACUCUGCAACAAAAUGCUGAAGGCAAAUUUAAUUAGUUUUGAAACAGAAGAGCACUUAAAAAUAAUGACGUAAAAAUGAUUAAAUACUAGUUCUUUAUGUUAGGCAUAACAUUUGAUACUGAUUAUUUCAGAUGAGGAAAAUAUCCCAGUGUCAUCAGUUUUGUGAUUAACAUAAUUAAACCUAGAAGUAUUUUAAUUA